UGUAAAAUAACUUGUUAUUGCAGGACCUCAAUAAACAGUGAAUGUAAAAUAAUUUGGAUAUGCAGGACCUCAAUAAACAGUGAAUGUAAAAUAACUUGGAAAUGCAGGACCUCAAUAAUCAGUGAAUGUAAAAUAACUUGGAAAUGUAGGACGCUAUGU